ACCUCGGCCGAUUCUCUACGGUCAUCUAACCUCGGAUGUAUCACGGUAUUUGAUAUGUAUAAACGCCGUGCAUUUGUGAUGCGGUCGCCGUAUCACUCAUUAUGGAUGAGUCUCCGCUGUGCAUAUAGAUCUCCAAAAUGGCGUCGUUCGAACAGUGUUUAAGUAUUUUCUCGAUAAUUGUCCUUUAUUUAAAGAAAACAACAUCACUUUGAAGGAGAAACAGAUUGAAACGUUGCGAGCAUUAUACGAUGAUCAUGACUGUGUAUCGGUAUUACCCACAGGCUACGGCAAAAGUGUGAUAUUUCAGCUGUUACCGUGGUUUUGUCAGCUGAAAAUGGAGAAACGGAAACCAAUGAGCGUGAUAGUCGUGUCCCCGCUGAAUUCCCUAAUCCAGGACCAAGUCAUUACAAUGAGGAAGAAGGGAUUUACUGCUUGCAGUUUGAACUUCACUGGUACUCAUGGCUCAACUUAUACAGAUGCGGAUUGCGAGAACGAUGAGGAACAGGAUCAUGAAUAUGUUGAAAUUGAUGUUCCAUUUGAGCAACUGGAGAGAGGAGACUUUUGCAUAAUUUAUUGUCAUCCAGAGUCGACUUCUUAGCUAGGUCUCAACUGUACCAAGAGAUCAUUUGUGCAGUAGUCAUAGAUGAAGUCCAUAUGGUUUCAGAAUGGGGAGAAGAAUUCCGUCCUGCAUUCCAGAAGCUUGGGGAGUUAAUGUGCAUUCUAGAGAAAGCUUUGCAUUUAAUUCUCACAGCAACUGCUACACCGAAAUCAAUUGCAAGUCUAUCUAAACAGCUGAAUUUGAAAAAUCCACCUGUUAUCAGUGAGAAUGUGGACCGUCCAAAGAUAUUUAUAGACAUUAGAACCAGAUUGCCAAACUCUCAUAAAUUUGACAAAUUUGAUGACUUGAUACAACCAGUGGCAACAGAAUUGCUGGAAAAAGGAGUUCAUUUUCCAGUAACCAUAAUGUAUGUGGAAAGUUUGGAAGCAUUGUCCUAUUUUUAUCAGUUUCUUUCGUGUAAACUUAAGGGUGCCAGCUAUGAUGGUGAGGAAAUUCCACAGAAUAGAAUAUAUGCCCAAUACCACAAAGAUUAUGCAGAGUCCAUGAAGAAAAUCACUAUUCAAGAACUGAUUAAAGAAACCCCUAAAGUCAGAUUAGUUUUGGCAACUGUUGCACUGGGAAUGGGGCUUAAUGCUCCAUGUGUUUCACGUAUCAUUCAUUGCAGGCCCCCAACAACCCUGGAGAAAUACCUACAAGAAAUCGGUCGUGCUGGACGCGUUGGACAACCGUCAGUGGCAAUUCUUUACUACAACAAAAAUUAUAUUGCAAAAAACAGAAUCGGUAUGACGGAAGAAAUGAGAAAGUUUUGUGAAAGUGAAACAUGUUAUAGAAUUAUUCUUGUGAAUUACUUUGGAUUUGAAAGUGUUGUUUUUUCAGGACCAAAGGAACAUUUUUGCCCCAUUUGUGGCAGAAAAUGACUCGUCGUUACUGACUGUAUAUAUGAUUUCUCACGUCAAGUGUAAUUUUAAGCAACUCGCUGCAUCUAGUGACAUACACAUCAUUCUUGUGGAUUCUGUUGCUGUAUAAAGUAGAUUCUUAAGACAAUUGUUCACAGGGAUUAUAUUUAAUGCCAGGUAUAGUGACACUCUCACUAUGUCAUGAUCACUUUUGCAGAGAUUAUUUCCUGUGAGAAACCAUUCAAUAACACUGUCACAAUAACACCAGUUUCAUUUGUUUGAUCUGAUGGAUAUAAACUGCCCGAUCACCAAUUGUUAGAUCUGGAAUCACUGAAUUUUGUUUGUGGUCAAGAUACUUCAGUUAUUACACAUUUCAAUUUAAAUUCACUUUAGAUUCUUUUACUCUGUACAGUAGACAUACCAAACAAAUACCUGAAUAUCUUUUAUGGGCAGGAAACAUUGUUUAUUCACCCCAAUAGAGCUGAAUUUACACAUUGUUUGGAAUGAACAUAUUUUCAUAAAAUGAUAAUGUUUCAGUUGUGGCUAAACUUUUUUACUCAAAUUUGGCUAAAGUUUUAACUUGGGGGCACCGGUAGGGGACAUGUAUUGGUCUAGCAAUACUCACAGAAUGCUUGUUUUAUUUAGCUUGGUAUUUACCCAUGUAUGACUAAUUAUUAUGUAAAAUCAUUCUGUCAUAUUUAUGUUUUGACAUCUUGCAAUUGCAUGUCCUUUGAAAAGGGCAAGAAUACAGAAUCACUGGCAAUCUGAAAA